GAACCUUUGAGUGUGAAAUUGUUGCCAGGUUAUUUAAGGUUUUUUUCUGGGUUUACAAUUUUUCUGGCAAAACAAAAUAAUGUCAUAACUUUGAUAUUCUUCAAAGAAGUGUAGACUAUUAUUUCUUAGUUUCUAUAAAUCAGAUAACUGUACUCCAUAUUACAUAACUUGACACUGACGACUUCUGUUAACAUUUCUUUAUCAUCUACAAUGGCCAAUAAUGGUUCUUAUGGAAAUGAUCGGGCUAUUAAUUCCGAUAUUGAUUAUGCAACUGAUCCAGCAUCUGGAGGAUUUUUCAAUUCUGAUUAUAAAAAGCACGAUGACUUGAAACAAAUGCUUGAUGCAAAUAAAGAUGGCUUGAAGUUGGAAGCAAUGAAACGCAUUAUUGGGAUGAUCGCUAAAGGUCGUGAUGCAUCAGAAUUGUUUCCAGCUGUUGUUAAAAAUGUUGUUUCCAAGAAUAUAGAAGUAAAAAAAUUGGUGUAUGUUUACUUAGUACGUUAUGCAGAAGAGCAACAGGAUCUAGCUUUACUUUCAAUAUCCACAUUUCAGAGGGCCCUUAAGGAUCCUAAUCAACUUAUAAGGGCAAGUGCUCUGAGAGUGUUAUCUAGUAUUAGGGUACCAGUUAUAGUCCCGAUCGUCAUGCUGGCGAUCAAAGAUUCUGCUUCAGAUAUGUCUCCAUAUGUCAGAAAAACAGCAUCUCAUGCUAUUCCCAAACUCUAUAGUUUGGAUCCAGAGCAGAAAGAUGAACUGGUUCAUGUCAUCGAAAAAUUGCUAUCUGAUAAAACUACUCUAGUUGUCGGUUCAGCUGUAAUGGCUUUUGAAGAGGUGUGCCCUGAAAGAAUCGAUUUGAUUCAUAAAAAUUUCAGAAAAUUGUGUAAUUUGUUGGUUGAUGUUGACGAAUGGGGACAAGUUAUUAUCAUCAACAUGCUCACCCGAUAUGCUAGAACCCAAUUUAUCGAUCCAAACAUUGGUUUGGUCGAAGAAGAUGAAGGAGAACGUCCAUUUUAUGAUGAUGAAGAUGAAAAAGAUUCUAAAGGGAAAAAAAGUUCUUUCACAUUAGAUCAAGAUCAUCGGCUUCUUUUAAAAAAUUCCAAACCUCUCCUACAAAGCAGAAAUGCUUCUGUAGUAAUGGCAGUAGCUCAACUUUAUCAUCAUCUAGCUCCGAGAAGUGAAGUUUCCGCUAUUGCAAAGUCGCUAAUCAGGUUAUUAAGAUCACAUAGGGAAGUACAAUCUGUUGUUUUAAAUUGUAUCGCUACAAUAUCCACGGAAAGAAAAGGAAUGUUUGAGCCAUACUUGAAAAGUUUCUUUGUCAGAACAAGCGAUCCAACUCAUAUAAAAUUGCUAAAACUUGAAAUAUUAACAAAUUUAGCUACUGAGACUAGUAUAUCUGUUAUCCUUCGAGAAUUCCAAACUUACAUAUCAAGCCUAGACAAAGAGUUUGUUGCUGCUGCUAUUCAAGCAAUCGGAAGAUGUGCAUCUAAUAUUAAAGAAGUGACGGACACCUGUUUAUGUGGUUUAGUCUCAAUGCUUUCCAAUAGAGAUGAGGCCGUCGUUGCUGAAAGUGUUGUUGUGAUAAAAAAGUUGUUACAGUCACAACCAUCAAGACACAGGGACAUCAUUAGGUCUAUGGCGAAGUUGAUGGAUACCAUUACUGUACCUGCAGCAAGAGCCUCAAUUCUAUGGCUCUUGGGGGAGUACUCGGAACUUGUUCCUACAAUAGCACCCGAUGUGCUUCGGAAAAUGGCUAAGUCAUUUAUAAGUGAGGAAGAUAUUGUGAAAUUGCAGAUUCUCAAUUUAUCUAUCAAACUGUAUUUGACGAAUCCUCAGCAAACACAUCUACUUUGCCAAUAUGUUUUCAAUCUUGCUCGUUACGAUCAAAACUAUGAUAUACGUGAUCGUUCACGAUUUUUAAAACAGUUUAUUUUUCCGUCAAAUGAUGAAAAUAACUUAUCACAAUAUGCUAAGCAGAUUUUCUUAGCUACUAAGCCGGCUCCUCUUCUGCAAUCCAAGUUCAAAGAUAGAGAGAAUUACCAGAUGGGAUCUUUGACUCAUUAUAUAAAUAUGCGAGCUUCUGGUUAUCACGACCUACCUCCGUUCCCAGAAGUAGCUCCGGAUCCAACAGCGCGCAAUAUUGCUGAACCAGCUCCUUCAUCUCCAAAAGAAACCACUCACUCGAAAAAAGGAACUAAAGAAAAGCCUUUCUAUGCCGAUUCAGAUAGUUCCCCUGCUGACGAAGAUUCAGAAAGUUCAAAUGAAGAUAGUAGCAAUGAGCAAGAAGAUUCGGGCAACGAAAAAGAAGAAAGUUCCAGUGAUAGCGACAGUGAUUCAGAUUCUGAUUCUCAAUCUGACUCAACAGUUGCUGAUGAAGCAGUUGUUACUAAAAUGAAAAAGAAUACUAUAGUACAAGAUAGUGAAAGUGAGAGUGAUAGUUCCGAUGUGAGUUCGAGUGACGACAGUGAAGAAAGUGAAUCAUCCGAUGAAAAGAUAAAGGCACCUAAAAGUCAAAGCCGUCAAAAACAGUCAAAGCCGCAAUCUAAUUUAGAUCUAUUGUUGGACUUAGAUGAUGUUGUGCCAAAUCUUCCUGUACUGACACCUUCUUAUGGAGGAUUCUUAACACCUCUUACUGCAAUGCCAGUUGGAGUUGCUGCAAAUAGUGCUAUACAGUUGGUUGGGCCAAACCAUAUACCUCUGAAAGGUGUAGAAGUUUUGAAUAAAGUGACUGGAAGAGGUUUAGCUGUCGAGGCUAGGUACACCAGGCAGCCUCACCUGUAUUCACCUAAAAUGACCUCUGUCGAAUUGAAGUUUACCAACCAUACCAAUACCGAUACUUUUACGGACAUCAAAGUUUCCUCAAAGAGUUUACCCAACGGAAUGAGUAUGUAUGAAUUUGCUCCCGUUAACACUAUACCUCCUCACGGAAGUGCUAUCGGCACAAUCGGGCUCGACCUUAAUGAUUCUACUCAGCCUGCUCAGUUCGAAAUCUCUUGGAGCCAAGGUUCUGCAAGUAUUACACUGAAGGUUCCGAUCGGAGAGCUUGUUCGAGCCAUAUCAAUGCCGCAGCAGUUAUUUAUGGAAGAGCAAAAUAAGCUGAAAGGAAUGAAUGAACAUCAAAGCCCUCUAAAAUUGAAAUGUGAUCUAAACCAAAUAUCUAAGCGUAUAUUUGAAGUGGCCAAUUUAGGUUUUAUGCCAGCUGUUGAGCCUGAUAUUUACAGAUAUUGUGGCCAAACCUUGUCUUCGAAGUCACUAGUUUUGGUUAAUGUGAAAUUAAUACCAGGAGAUUCAAAAGAUGCUGAUAUUACCGUUAACUGUGAAAAGUUAGUCGUUGGAUCAAUGCUUUUAAGUGAAUUAAAGGCAGCUUUGGGUGUUUAGUUUAUAAUAUUUGUUAUGAAUUGUAAAUAUAAUUUUUAUAUUGAGUUAAUAUUUCAUUCUAAGAUUUUGUUAUGAUAUUAUUUAUUUUAACAUUGUUAUCAUAAGCGAGGAGGUUAUUUAUCUUUAUGCUGUUACAUACAUUCCAGUCCAAUAAAAUAUUUUUUUUAUGAGUAUCA